CCACCACCAGUCCACCACCACCACCACCACCCCGGACGACGGACGGGACGACAGAGGCCAUUAUGUCUUCUCCUUCCUCGGCCCACUGGGUGAGCCUCGUGGGCAGCAUCUGGCUGCAGACCAUCAACGGCCCCAACGCCGACUUCCCCGUCUACUCGUCGCAGCUCAAGGAGCUCAAGGGCAUCUCCCAGGUGCAGCUCAACUUCCUGGCCUUCGCCUCCGACGCCGGCAAGCUCUUCGGCUGGUUCUCGGGCGUCGCCGCGCUGCACGUGCCGCUCUGGCUCGUCGCCUUCGUCGGCGCCGCCUUCGGCCUCGUUGGCUACGGCGUGCAGUACCUCUUCCUCGACAGCGCCGGGCUCCGGUUCUGGCACCUCUUCCUACUCACCGCCCUCGCCGGGAACGGCAUCUGCUGGAUCAACACCGUCUGCUACCUCCUCUGCAUCGGCAACUUCGGGUCCAGGAGCCGCGUCGCCGUCAGCCUCGCCACCAGCUACCUCGGCCUCAGCGCCAAGGUCUACACCAGCCUCGCUGAGACCAUGCCCCGCCUGGCCGACUCCAAAGCCAAGGCGUACCUGCUCCUCAAUGCCGUCGUGCCGAUGAUCGUCACCGUGGCUGUGGCGCCCACCCUCAGGCUCUUCGACCUCAAGGGCGAGUCGAUGUCGACCACCGACACUGCAUUGCUCGUCAUGUUCGCCAUCACGCUCGCCACCGGCGCGUGCGCCGUCGUCGGCAGCAUCGGGUCUACAGCCAGCGGGCUGUCGUCGAGCGAGCACAUGGUCAGCCUCAGCGUGCUGCUGGCCAUUCCCGUGCUCAUCCCGGUCGCUCUCAGGGUCCGGGAGAGCAUGAACAAGAUACUGGAGGCCAAGCGGGAGAACAGGAUCCACGAUCUCGGCAGCGACGACGCCGUGGUUGUCAUCGAGAUGACGGACGCCAUAACCACCAAGGAGGAAGAGACCGUGGCGGCGGAGAUGCCCCAGGAGGAGGUCGGGGGACUGCAGCUGCUCAAGAAGCCGGACUUCUGGCUCUACUUCUUCAGCUACAUGUUCAGUGGCACCCUGGGUCUCGUCUUCUUGAACAAUCUGGGGCAGAUCGCCGAGUCGCGAGGUCUCGAGCAGACUUCAACUCUGGUCUCCCUGUCGUCUUCGUUUGGAUUCUUCGGUCGCCUCCUUCCCUCUUUCAUGGACUACUACUCUGCAAAAAGCGGCCACUCCAUAUCAAGAACUGCGUCCAUGGCAUCGUUGAUGGCGCCCAUGGCCGGCGCCUUCUUCCUGCUGCUGAACCCUGAAAACUUCUUCCUGUACGCGAGCACCGCCAUCAUCGGGACGUGCACGGGGGCGAUCACGUCGGUGGCCGUGUCGGCAACGAGCGAGCUGUUCGGCAGCAAGAACUUCGGCGUCAACCACAACAUCCUGGUGUCCAACAUCCCCGUCGGCUCCCUCUGCUUCGGCUACUUCGCGGCGUUCCUGUACCAGCGCGAGGCCGCCGCGCGCGGGGGCGCCACCUGCUCCGGCGCCAGCUGCUACCGGGAGACCUUCACCAUCUGGGGCGCCACCUGCGUGGUCGGGACGCUGCUCUGCGUCGUGCUCUACGUGCGGUCGCGCAGCUUCGCCGGGAGGCUGCCGGUGAGGUUAGCUAACUUGCUAGGCGCUAGACAGAGGGCUUAAUACAAGGCCCAUGAUUUUAACUUAGUGAUCAGAUCAUCACACACGACGCGUCGAUCUGCCUCGAUGCAGUGUAGCUUUUGUUUUCUUUUUUGGUUCUUGACUGAUCCCAUGGGGGAUACAGACAGAGAUCAGGGUGGACGACUGAGUAGAUAUUGUGCAGGUUGAUCACCUUUUCGCUGCAUAUAUUAUGCAUAUAAAGAGUGAUUGAAGAAGAAAAUCAGGUUUUCAUC